CGACCACUGCUACCGUAGGGGCCGGACCGUCGUCGUCGGCCGACGAUCGGACAACGCGUCGCCGCCACGCCGUAACGGUUACGUUAGUUGUCGAAAAAAAUCAUAUCGUUGUAAUAGAGUACGUACGAUCGACGCGCGCCAGACCAGUACCGCUCGCCACUCGGCGUACUUGACAGCGCGACCACGUCUGGAAGCGUGCUUGGUACGUACGUCGCCUUUAGUGCUUUUUAUAAUAUACGCAUACUUCGAGCGCGCGAGUGCGUGUAAUUUAAAUAUAAUACUAUUAUAAUUAAACGCACCACUGUAAUUAAUUACAGUAUUUUGUAUAACGUAUGGUAUUAUAAUCACACGUCGUCGAUUUCGUUGUUAUUAUCAUUAUCAGCUCUCUACUGAGCUCAGCAAGACACCUACUGAGCCACUGCAAUAUACCUAUUCGGCUACCGAUACACAACGAACGUUGUAUAAUUUUUCUAUCCGGAUCCUCCGCAGUUCAUAGUUCUCAUGGCUGAGAAUCCCGAGUACUGGGUGUUUGGAUAUGGAUCGCUGUGCUGGAACCCGGGUUUCGAAUUCAAGGAUUCCAUGGUCGGUUACGUGGAGGGUUUCUCCAGGAAGUUCUGGCAGGGCAACAUUGCACACAGAGGGACCAAGGAAAAGCCUGGACGUGUAGCCACAUUAGUCGAAGACCCUCAGGGUUUCGUAUGGGGCAAGGCAUUUCUGUUGCCGGACGAGACGGCGUUCAGGUACUUGGAGAUGCGGGAAGUGUACUUGGGUGGUUAUAAGGUACACAAGGUCGACGUGCUGUCUGAUGGCGCGGACGAUUGCCGGCGGACCGUGAACGCGACGGUGUACGUGGCCACGUCAGACAACGGCCAGUGGCUUGGCGAAGCGCCAGUCGACGAGUUGGCCACGCAGGUGGCCACGUGCUCGGGACCGGCCGGCCACAACGCCGAGUACGUAAUACUGUUGGCGCGAUGGGAGCGUCAGCACGCGCCCGCGCACCGCGUCGACCUCGAACUCAACAAGCUCGAACUGCUCGUGCUGGAACGGUUGCAGGCCAUCGGCGUGCGGCCCGACGAUGUUCUCACCACUAACAACAUGCCGUCGUUCUCGUCCAUGGUGCCUGAAAAGAAGUUGAGGUGUUUGAACAUCUGAUCGGAAUUAUAUAUAUAUAUUAACACUCAUAUAAAUGCACGCUAUUUCGUUACCGUCGUAAGUCCGUUAACCAAGUAUAAUAUUUUAUACAUAGUAUAAUAUAAUUAAUUAUCGACGUGAGUGCUAUAACAUUAAAACCGAAAAUACCCGAAAAUCGAAUAAUUACCUAACUAUAUUUUGAUGUUGAACGCCGUCAUCUCCAGAUGACAUUUACACGGCUAAAUAUCUCGGCAAAAAAACUAUAGGGCGUGAUGAUAUUUUAACUUUCCAGCGUUAUCGUUUGCGUGACGCGAAUACAGUAAUAUUAUUAUGUUUUAAUAAUAAUCCUACUUGACGUAUAUUAUAUUAUACAAGCAAAUAACAAAUACUAACGGAGAUGAGUACCUACCUAUAUAUUUAACACCAUUGACGUUGAAAUUGACACGUAUACAAUUUACAUUAUUAUACUCUAACUCCUGUGAUAUAUCAUUUAUUUGUAAUUAUAUUAAUUUAAAUACGUGUAUGAUACUAACGAAACAAAUACAAUUUCUUAACUACGACAGGGUAAUACAUAAUAUAUUACAUUUAUAAAUUAUUUUAAAUCGUUAAUGUUUAAUAAUUAUUAAUAUUUAUUACUAUCACUAUUAUUAUUAUUAUUAUUAUCGUGAUUACUGUUAUCGUCUUGCGAUGGAUUAAAUUUCGCACGAAUUGCAAGUAUCAGUGUCUACAAUAUUUUUUUUAUAUACACAUAUGAUAAUAAACGUGAUCGGUGUAUUGUUAUUAUUUUUAUAAAAUUGUUCACGUCGUGAUGUACCUACCUAUACAUAAUAUAUGUUUAUAAUAUUAUGUAUAUUAUAGUAUAUGUGAUGUUAUUUUUUAUAUUGACAUGUUUAAAUGUCGCUCAAACGAAAAACGAAUAAUAUAGGUAUAUUAUUAUAUAUAUAUAGAUUAUGAUAGAAUUGAUAGAUAUAUCUAUGCUGUAUAUUGGGUAUUUGAUUUCGCGUUUGUAUAUAAAAAAAAUAGUCCUUAAAUGUGGCUAUAGUAUACAGAAGCUCGUCACUAUUCAAGUAUUUUCAGUCCCAUUAAGUUGUACCCAUAAUAAAAUAAAUAUUAUAUAAAUUAUAAAUAUACCUAUAAUAUACCAAUAUCAUUAAAUAUACACUACUAAGUAUAAUAUUAUAUAUAUAUAUCUUUUAUAUCUUAUUUAUAGU